CAUAACAUGUCAGUCAGUUAAGUGGCCUGGCCUGGCCCGGCCAUUCCGUCCGGUGUUUACAUUCACUGGUUUAUCAUCAUCCUAGCUUAAAAACAAAAUUACUAAUUCUCCUAAUUCCGAAUGAAGUGUACACUUGAAGGCGGCAAUGCAAGAGUUAUUGCAAAAGCUAUACAGUCCCUGGCCAAGUUCGGAUCUGAUCUGUAUAUGGAAACCGAUGCAAUGGGCUUACAGCUAAGAACCUUUAACCUAGCAAAGUCGGCAAUGGGCACAUUUCGCUUCAAUCGAACAUUUUUUGAGACUUACAAUGAAGGCGUUUCUAAUACGGGAAACUAUUGCAAAGUAACGAUGAAAACUAUUUUACCCGUUUUCAAAAAUAUGAAGCAGGUUGAACGUUGUGAAAUACAACUGCUUCCAGAAGUAUCUAAGCUGCAGAUCCAAUUUAAAUGUCGCAUGGAAACGAUGAAAAAUAGAUUAAUUUCAAUAGUAGAUGAGGAAAAUGUUACAGCAGCGGUAUCACAAGAGGAAACAUCAAAUGUUAUUGUAGGCCCAUAUAAAGUGUUUAACGAUAUAUUAAAUCACUUUAAUGCUGCUGAAGUUGAAAUGACUCUGGAAGCUAUGGGCAAUGAAUUAACAGCAAAAAACUACAUUGAAGGUGCAAGAGUUAGUGACAAGUUCAUGAGAUCACGCCAUAAAAUAAGCCCCUCUGAAUUUGAUACUUAUAAUGUUCGUGAGGAAUCGGCAAUAACCUUUAGCUUGAAGGAGUUUAGAUCAUUUUUACUAUUUGCUGAAAACAUAGGCGAAUCAUUAACAUUAAAUUUUAAUGAAGCUGGUGGACCAAUAUUUCUAACAAUAAAAAAACUGGACUUAAUCGAAUGUACACUAGUAAUGACCACCGUAUACCCAGAUGAUGUUAGCAUGUACGAUGAUUGUCGAGAGUCUGAAGUUAAAGACACCACACACACAUCAAAUCACAGUAUGGUGGCAACUCAAAAACGAAAACAUAGUAAUACAAAAGCAUCUAGCAAGGAAUCCGCUCCUAAGAAGAGAUUGUCGGAAGAAACAACACUUAGCAGUAAUUCAACACUUUUUCAAUUUAAUACAGACAAUACGAAUAUACAAUCAAUAGAAGUUCCCAGGAAUGUAACACAACAAGACAUUGAUAUGGGCGAUGAACAAGAUGACUUGUUGUUGGCAGCUGCUGCAGUUGCCGAGGCUACUAUGUUACAUUCUAAUACAUUGCCCCCGGUAAGGGAAAGUGAAGUCUAUGUUACAUUUGAGAGCUCUGAAUCGAAUAGAAAUCGCCAAGAUUCAGAUGGAGAGGAAACAAUACCACAAUCUCCAGAAAGAGAACAUCAACCUAAACUACGUUCGAUAUUUUCGAGAUGUUUUGAGUCGACAUAUGUACCCAAGGAACCAUCACCCAGCAGUCAAGUGUAUGUACCAAAUUCUGACACUGAAGACUAAUAAAGAGUAUAUACAGUACAUUUUA